GUUCACGUGGACCAAUGAGAGUGGAAAGCGACAGAAGCAGCCCUCGGUGUGUUCAGUCAUGUUCAUGUUCCGUUUGCUUGAAGAAGACCGGCUGCUUCUGAGCGUUUAAUAAAACAGUCACCAUGAGGCUGACAUCUAGUAAUGCUAGAGGAGCUUCAUUCAGCUACGUAACUCUGACGCUUCUCCUGUGGAUGCAUUGCUGUCACAUAGCCAGUAUUUUUGGCCAAGAGUCUGCCUUAACUUUGGUGGAGAAUACAGAAGGAGGAGAAGAAGAGGAGGUGAGGGUUGAUGAAGGAGAUUUAGAUGCGGUCCAGCCUACUGAGGAUUGGCAAACUCUCAAACCAGGCCAGGCCGUGCCAGCAGGGUCCCAUGUGAGGCUGAAUCUACAGACAGGGCAGAGGGAGGUCAGACUGGGAGAAGAGCAGCUGAAGUACUGGACACAGGAACACGGGGAGGCUGAAGAGACCCAGUCCUCCUUCAGUCCUGAUGAGCUCAAACGAGCCAUGAAGAAAAUAAAGGAGGACAUGAACCCUGACUCUGUGGCGUAUAAGUAUCGUCCCCUUGAAGAGUUAAAGAGAGACAUGGCACAGCUGGAGCUGCUGGUGGAGACAGAUGCUCAGAUCAUGAGGCGACUGUUGACCCAGUUUAACAGCAGCAACUCGACCACAGAGCAGAGGCUGAACAUCCUGCUGGAGCUGGAGUACCUGGUGCAUCAGGUGGAUAAUGCUCAGACCCUCUGUUCACUGGGAGGUCUCCAGUUUAUGCUGGAAGGUCUGAACAGCUCUGACUUCAGAUUACAGGAAAGCUCUGCCUUUGUCCUGGGAUCUGCUUUGGCCAGUAACCCAGUGGUUCAGGUGAAGGCUGUAGAGAGUGGCGCUCUGCAGAUGCUCCUUACCACACUGGCCACUGCACAGCCUUUCCAAGUCAAAAAGAAGGUUCUGUUUGCAGUGGCCUCCCUCUUACGUCACUUCCCCUACGCACAGCGUCACUUCCUUUCACAUGGAGGGCUGCAGGUCCUAUCUGAGCUGUUCAGGGCAGAUGGAGGGGGAGUUCUGCGCACACGCAUUGUCACCAUGUUAUAUGACAUGAUCAGUGAGAAGGAGUUGAUCUCUCAGGCAGGUCUGGACCUGGUGCUGGAUGCCUCCCAUGAGGAGCGGGUGCGUCAGUACUCUAUGGUGUCCUUGCAGGAAGAGCUGCUGGAGAAGGGCUGGUGCAGUCUGGUUCCACAGCUGCUGGAGUCCACUGAGCAUGACUACAGAGAAAAAGCUCUGCGGGCUUUGUUGGCGAUGGCUCCUGUAUGUUUGGAACAGUACCGCUCAGACAGCUCUCUGCUGGGCUCCCUGCUCUCUCUGAGAGACCAGUACCAGGACAUGGCCCAGUCAGAAAUGAUUAUAGGAGAUGAGAACAGCUACUUUGCAGAGAUUGUAGAACUUAUAGAUGCUCUAGAAGUCAAAAUGAAGUGACGAGAGGAUUGUACAGUGUCACAGGAGGACACACAUGUUGGGCUGACCCUAUGGAUGGUGGAUCCAUAGGUUGGUCAGUAUUAACUUGACCUAAGACUUCAUUGAUGGCCUUAGAAUGUGUGUAUAAUGUGUUUAUAUUUUUACUUUCUGUUGAUAAUUACACAAUAAAUGAAUGAUUUAAAAUGAA